CCUAAGCGCCCAACGCGCUCGCAGCCAUGUCGACCCGUAAGAGAAAGCAGGAAGCCGAGGAGGAAGAGGAGCUCCAGGCGCUCCCCAGCGACGAGAGCGAGGAGGAAGAGGAGUAAGUGGUGCCUCUGCUACUGAUGCGCGCACCCUCGGCGCAUUCUUUCUCUCAUCCUAACCCUGCUUCACCCCUGCUGGGCUCUCAUUUCAUUCCCUUCUCGUCUCUCACGUGCAUGUGCGCGCAUCGUUUAGCGAUCCGUUAUGCCACCAUGCAAUUGCGUCACCAUUGCCCAUUCGGAUAUGAGGACUCCGAAUUAGCUGAGAGUGAAGUCGACGAUGAAGGCAGCGAGGAGGAGGAGGAGGAGCUCCUAGAGGAGGAAGAGGGUGAGGGCGAGGAAGAAGAAGCUCCUAAGGAGCCAGCCGCCCCCGCUCCCAAGAAGCGCAAGACCGCCCCUGCGCCCGAAGAGGAAGAGGAGGAGGUGAAAGAAAACGGUAAAGCCGAGAACGGAGUCGAAGGCGAAGAAGAAGAGGAAGAGGAGCUGGGAGAGGAGGAGCUGGAAGAGGAAGAAGAAGAAGAGGAGGAAGACGCCGAAGCCCCGGAGGAGACAGCCAAGGCCAGCGCGCCUGCCGCUGCCGCUGCGAAGGCCAAGGGCGGCAUUGUCCCCAAGGAGCCUGACGUCGAUGUCGACGCUGUGGCUGACGAGGACGAGUAAAUCUUCUUCCCCCCCGCUCUCUAUCUCUCAGCCUGGCGUUGUCAUGACGGUGAUUACGCUUGCGCUUUCGGUGUUUUCUUUUUGUCCUUUUCCUAUGGGUUAUAUUUCACGUGGAUUCUGUAUCUCGGAGAUGAGAUAUAUAAGAUGAUGUCUCC